AUGGGACUUAUUGGAAGUGAUGAGCGCGUGUUUUACAAGCCGGUCGACGAGGUUGAUCUCGGCGCCGACAGCAAAGAAAUUUAUAUCCGGGCAAAUGUCAAAGCACCUCGAAUGGCUGGCCUUCUGGUCAAGGUUUUUGUGUGGUUGUUGGAGUCGAGAUUUUUGGGAGCUGUUAUUCUGCACUUUUUGAAGAAAAACAAUCUCAUACACAAGCUUGUUUCAUAUGCAGAGUUGCAAGAAUCUCCCCUUUUCGUGCCUUUCCACCCUUAUGAAGGGACUGAAGUAGUAGAAGAGUACAUACAAUGUGAUCAUCAAUCUCCAGAAAAACAAGUUCAGCAGGCAACUUUGUGUGUUCAAUCUCCUGAAAACACACUGAAGACUUCUCCAAACUUCAGCUUUCAGCGUUGGACGAUAAUGGAUUAUGCAAGAGCAUAUAAAUCUCGAGAAAUAACUCCCCUGAUGGUUGCAGAGAAAUUAAUCGAAGCUGUACGUGAAUCAAGUAAACCUUCUAUAGAGAUGUCCUUUUUCAUUAGCUUUGAGGCUCAAGAUAUUUUGAACCAAGCUUCUGAAUCGACUCUUCGGUAUGAAAGAGGGGAACCUAUAUCUGUUCUAGAUGGAAUUCCAGUUGCCAUUAAAGAUGAAAUUGAUUGCCUCCCAUAUCCAACCACAGGAGGCACCCAAUGGAUGCACAAAGUAAGAUCGUGUAAGGAAGAUGCUUGCUGCGUCGAGCGUCUCAGAUUAUGCGGCGCAUUAUUAGUUGGAAAAACAAACAUGCAUGAGCUUGGGGCUGGAACCAGUGGUAUCAAUCCUCAUUACGGGACAACUAGAAAUCCUCAUGACAGAAGCACGAUUGCAGGAGGUUCUUCUAGUGGAUCAGCAGCUGUGGUGUGUGCCGGUUUAUGUCCUGCAGCACUUGGCGUCGAUGGAGGAGGAUCGGUGCGGAUGCCUGCUGCUCUCUGUGGUGUUGUUGGUCUUAAGCCAACAUUCGGUCGUGUCCCUCACAACGGAGUUCUUCCUCUGAAUUGGACAGUCGGAAUGGUUGGUAUACUAGCUGGUACAGUUGAAGAUGCACUGAUCAUAUAUGCAGCUAUUGGUGGUCCAUUACCAUCAGAUAGGGUAUCUCAUACAGUGCCCAAUGUAUGUUUGCCGCUUCUGAAGUUACCAAACUAUAAUUCGAGUAUUAAACUUGCGAGAUAUGGAGAGUGGUUUAAUGAUUCCAAUGAUGACAUCAGAAUAUGCUGUUCAAAUGCUUUGGCUAAAUUACAUGAUGAGUAUGGAUGGAAGACAAUAGAAGUUACCAUACCUGACAUAGAGGCGAUGCGUCUGGCACAUUACUUGACAAUCGGUUCAGAAUGUAGUACUUCGAUCGCUCACCAAUUAGAAAUGAUUGAUAAGGCAGAAUUGGGGUGGGAUGCUCGGGUAGCACUUUCUGUCUAUGGUGCUUUCAACAGCAGGGAGUACUUAAAUGCCCAGAAAAUGAGGCACCGCCAGUUUCAGAUCCACAAGAAGAUAUUCUCAAAGGCCGAUGUCAUAGUUACCCCAACAACAGGCGUGACAGCUUAUCCAAUCCAAGAUGAUGCUUUGAGCACGGGCGAAUUGGAUUACAUUAAUGGAGCUGCACUGGUACGAUAUCAAAUAGCCGGGAACUUCUUAGGAUUGCCUGCAGUGACAGUUCCAGUUGGUUACGACAAACAUGGAUUACCAAUCGGGCUACAGUUUAUUGGGAAGCCAUGGUCAGAAGCUUUAUUGAUCCAUAUAGCCUUCGCUAUGCAAGCUCUAUGCAUGUCAGACUACAAGAAACCAGAAGUUUACUACGAUCUGCUCACUGGAAAAUGA